AUGAACAUGUGGAGAAAAUUUUUGUUGCUUUCGAUAUCGGCGCUCGCUUUCGUUGCAGGCCAGGAAGUAGUCGAUUCUGAAAGUAGUGAAGCCUCUGAUAGUAGCUUGUCAGACGACUUGAAGCUGAAGAUUGGAGAAGUCCCAGAACUCGGCUUCAACCAUGGUUUCCUCUCCUCCCUCUCAGUCAUUCUCGUUUCCGAAAUCGGCGACAAAACAUUCUUCAUCGCGGCUAUUAUGGCGAUGAAGUACAGUAGGCUUACAAUCUUCUCGGGUGCCAUUCUCGCUCUUGCAACGAUGACAGUCAUGUCUGUUUUCAUGGGCGCACUUACGACGAUCAUUCCAAGAUACAUUACUUUUUACGUCUCUACUGGACUAUUCGCUAUUUUCGGGCUGAAAAUGCUCAAAGAAGGCAUCGAUAUGAAGCCUGACGCGGGACUUGAGGAAAUGGAAGAAGUCCAGCAAGAGUUGAAAGAAAAAGACGAGGAGCGAGAGCGAAAAUCCGGCGAUAUUGAGUCCCAAGGCCCUGUUCGAGCUUCUACGAAGCUUAGAAAUUGCUUUUCUGCGGUUUUUCUUCAAGCGUUCACAAUGACCUUUCUUGCCGAGUGGGGCGAUCGAAGUCAAUUGACAACGAUUAUCCUUGGCGCUCGCGAAGACAUCCUCGGCGUGAUCGUCGGCGGCAUCCUCGGCCAUUCAAUUUGCACUGGAAUGGCAGUUGUUGGAGGCCGUCUCAUUGCUACAAAAAUUUCUGUUCGAACUGUCACCAUCAUCGGCGGCGUCGUUUUCCUUAUUUUUGCCCUUUCCGCGGUCGCGUUCCAAGACAUGGACGAGCUCGAGCUUCCCUCCGAUGCCUCUCCAUGA